CAGUAGCUUGCAGCACCGCUUCCCAAAAAAUUUCCCAUGAAUCCUUUGGGCGCGCUCUGGCUACCUCGGAAUGUGAAUCCGUGCUGUUCUCGUAAACCGUAUUUCAUAAAUCAAUAAGAUCUCAGCUUCACAAUGUCGGAGCUGUUUAUGGAAUGCGAGGAGGAGGAACUGGAACCAUGGCAGAAGGCGAUCCCAGAAAUCAACUUGGUAGAUGACGAUGAUGAUGAUGACGACGAGCCUAUCUUCGUUGGCGAGAUCCAGAGUUCCAAGCCUGCCAACUCCAGACCAAAUGUUGGCGUCCAGAGAGGGCAACCGAACGUUCCAGCGGGGCGGCGUAACAUGGGCUCCGCCCAGUUGCCCUCCCAGAAGCCUCCGCAGGUGACGGUAGUCAAACGGGCUUCAUAUGCAGCGUCACCCCAAAACACCAACAGGGGUGCCCCACCUCCGUCCAACAACCCCACCCUCAUCCCCGCCAGCUCCAGCCAGGUGACGGGACUGAACGCCGGUCGCGUUGGCAACACGGUCGCUCCUCAGCCAAUUAUAAUCAACAAUCGGGGUGUCAUUGGUCCGUUCAUCACCAGUAUUGGAUCCCAGUAUCCACCUGGACCCUCUUUCACCUUCUUACCAGCUGGGCAGCCUCUCCUCCAGCAGGUGUCCCCCCAGUCCAACGCGCUGGUGGGCGGCGUGGUCCACCGGCCGCAGGUCCAGCUCAUCCAGAACAACGUGGUGACGCUGGCCAACGUGCAGGCUCCCCCCGACCUGCACUCCCAGCAGCAGGCCCCAGGAGGCCGCCUCCACCCCCCCCCUCCCUGUGGGACCCCCCCACAGGGCCCCGGCCGGCCCCACGCCCCACAGCCUGCCCAGGCAGGACAGCGCCGCGUCUGCACUGCUCUCCCUUCAAGGCCUCAACAACCGCGUCUGAGCGGCCCAUCUUAUAACGGAACAGUGAAGCGAAGCUUUCCAUCUGAUAUGGACAAGACAAAAAGACUCCGAGUGGAUGCAGCAGGUAAUCGGAUGUCAGAGUUCGCAGAGAAUGAGAGUCCUUCGAGGAGGCGGUGUCCGAGAUGCAUGGGAUCCUAUCCUGGGGAGGACUCGCUGAAGGGACAUAUGAGGUACUGCUGUCCCGAUCUGAUGGAGGGUGUGUUUGCCACGAGCUCUCGUCAGGACAAGUCGACGGCUCCGCUGCGGGCUUAUGAAAUGGACAAGGGCAAGCUGAUCAUGCUGGUCACAGACUUCUACUACGGCCGCUGCGAGGGGGACCAACACCUCGAGCAGAAGACCCACACCACCUUUAAGUGCAACAGCUGUCUGAAGGUGCUCAAGAACAACAUCAGGUUUAUGAACCACAUGAAGCAUCAUCUGGAGCUGGAGAAGCAGAACAGUGAGAGCUGGGAGAGUCACACCACGUGCCAGCACUGCUACCGCCAGUACAGCACGCCCUUCCAGCUGCAGUGCCACAUAGAGAGUGCCCACAGCCCCUACGAGUCCAGCACUAACUGUAAGAUCUGUGAGCUGGCCUUUGAGACGGAGCAAGUGCUGUUGGAACACAUGAAAGACAAUCACAAGCCGGGAGAGAUGCCCUACGCCUGUCAGGUGUGUAACUACCGCUCAUCGUUUUUCUCUGACGUGGAGAGCCACUUCCGAAGCAUCCACGAGAACACCAAGGACCUGCUGUGUCCCUUCUGCCUGAAGGUGCUGCGCAGCGGACACAUGUAUAUGCAACACUACAUGAGGCACCAGAAAAAAGGCAUCCAUCGCUGUGGGAAGUGUCGACUGAACUUCCUGACGUACAAAGAGAAAGUAGAGCACAAGACUCACUUCCAUCGCACGUACAGGAAACCCAGGAGCCUGGAAGGACUUCCUCCCGGAACCAAGGUGACUAUCCGGGCCUCUCUGUCUGGAGGGUCCCCCACCUCCCCCAACACGUUAGGCAGGUCCAGCAUCAGUGUGGUUCCAGGCAGCCCGGCUAGCAAACCCGUGGGCCGCCCGCCCAGCAGCGCCGGCCGGGGCAAACCCAGCACCCAGAACCCUACGGGGCCCGUCAAGAACAAGAAGGAGCGGAACAAACCAGGCCCAGUGGACCUCAGGAACUUCAAUCUGAGGCAUUUCAGGGCCCCGGAGGGCAAGAGCGUGUGCAUGGAGUGUUCGUCCGCCGUGAAGGACUUCUACGACCACUUCCCCCUGCUCCUCACCUGUGCGGCCUGCAAGUACAAGACCUGCUGCCGGAGAUCCUACCGGAACCACAUGACCAGAUUUCAUAGUGCUGGGUCCAAAGAGAGAAGGAGGAACAAAAGGAUGCAGGGCGCUUCACGGAGCCUGACUCUGGUUUGCCUGAACUGUGACUUCCUAGCUGAUGCUACAGGAAGUGACCUUAUGAGCAAACAUUUGAUUGACAGGCCGACCCAUGCCUGUCAGGUAAUCAUGGAGCAGCCACAAGAAAACCACGAUUCUGUUUCUGACAAAACCAGCCUGGAAAGCAGAUCUGACCUCCCCGAUGUCAAGCCUGCCAAAUUAGAGGAUGACCUCGUCGAGUUGCUGGGCAACACAACCAAACAGGAAGAGGAUGCACGCAAAGAGGAGGACACACCCUCUGGCCCAGCCCCGCCUUCCCCUGUCUCUGUAGACUCCGCCUCUGAGGGGCGGGCUCAGGAGACACCUGUAGAGAAUGAGACUCCCCCAGAGCAGGAAAAGGACACAUCCUCUGAACGCAUCUCAGAGACGCCCACCGACAUGCCCUCUGAGCACGCCUUGCCCACCGACAUGCCCUCUGAGCACGCCUCGCCAACCGACAUGCCCUCUGAGAAUGUGACGCCCUCUGAUCGCGAUACGCCCUCUGAGAUGCCCUCUGAGAAUGUGACGCCCUCUGAGAUGCCCUCUGAGAUGCCCUCUGAGAUGCCCUCUGAGAUGCCCUCUGAGAUGCCCUCUGAGACGCCCUCUGAGAUGCCCUCUGAGAAUGUGACGCCCUCUGAUCGCGAUAUGCCCUCUGUGAUGCCCUCUGAGAAUGUGACGCCCUCUGAUCGCGAUACGCACUCUGAGAUGCCCUCUGAGAAUGUGACGCCCUCUGAUCGCGAUACGCACUCUGAGAUGCCCUCUGAGAAUGUGACGCCCUCUGAUCGCGAUACGCACUCUGAGAUGCCCUCUGAGAUGCCCUCUGAGCACGAGACGGCCAUGGAACCAGAUGGCCCUGUGGAACCGGAAAAGGUUGCAGAACCAGAGACCGCUGGAGAACCUGAGACAGCUAAUGAACCGGAGGUAGAAACUGGAGUGGAACCAAGCACAGAGCAACCAAGCACAGAACCUCCGAGUGCAGAGCAACCAAGCACAGAACCUCCGAGUGCAGAGCAACCAAGCACAGAACCUCCGAGUGCAGAACAUCCUGAGGAUGCAGAACAUCUUGAGAACGCAGCAGGCGAGCUCGGGGAGGCGGGUGGAAUUCCACUGGAACCUCUCACACCUUCCAAGGUUCUAGAGAUGCCGCCACCCUCAGCCAAUCAAAGCGCUGAUACGGACAGUGUAGACACGCCCAGCAGCCCAAACAGACCCUCAGAACCCGUCACCGUGUAGGAACAGACCCUCAGAACCCGUCACCGUGUAGGAACAGACAAAGAAACACUGACGUCUCCGCUGGUCUUUUCUCUCAAAGACUGCCACUGAAGUGGCUGAAUUUCUGGUUGUUUCUAAGAUCAGACUAUCCUUCCCCUCCUCCAAACAACCCAACAUGUGUAAAUAAGUGCAGUCCAUUAUGAAUGAGCAGAUCCAAAGAUCCUGGGUCUUCCUGUAGCCCCCCUUGCUAUUUGCCCAUUGAUGUGAUGAUGGACAACAAUGGCUCCCUUUGUUACAUUCUUGUUUUUUAAAAUAAAAUCAUGUAGUGUCAUACGCAUUGGCACAUUGUUUCAGAUUCGGUUUGGCUUGUCUGUCUGUGAAUUUGACUCCAUUCCCAGCGUUGGCUUGUAUGUGUAAGCCUGUGCAUCAUAGACACUUGUGUUAAAGGUACAGUCUUUGAUUUUAGCAAUAGGCUGAACAGCCAAUCACAUGACGUCCAUCCCUCCUGUGCUCCUAAAGCAACGUGCGGAUUGGCUUGUGUUGUUUACCCUUCUUGUUAACGUUUGUGUCCCAGAGCCGUUGUCGUGGCCAAACAACAGGCUUUUUUUUUUUUUUUCUCUUUUUUUUUCUUUGCAAAAAACCCUUCAAAGAAUGGACAGCUGACAAAAAAGUGUGUGGGAUUAGAAUCAGGCACUACACCUUUAAAAGGCAUGUGAAGCAUCAGGUAUGUACUGUAAAAAUUGCCCCAGGAUAUCUGAUCUUUGAGCUUCAUCUUCACUAAACUCCUUUAAUCCUCAAUCUGCAAGGGUAUUGGACUUAUUUCCAAUGGGGAAACCCUCUGAUCUGCAGCCUCAAAGAAGUACUGUUGACGUCUGUUUGGUUGGUUCUGAAUGGUGACUCUCCUUCUCUUCUAACCAGAUGUUGGUUUUUUGUGUCUCAUUGUGUUCGUCUGCAGGGGAAGGGACUUGUUUUUUAAGGGAUCAACUGAACUUCUUUUCUUUUCUUUUUUAAUUAAUUAUUUUUUCCUUGUGGUUGGUUGUUGUCUUACAAGAUGCAUAUUGAGCUAUGAUGAAUCCUGAAGAAAAUGUAAAAAAAAAAAAAGACUAAUUAAUAGCUACACAAGCAAAACUUUACCUUUUACCAUUUAAAAGAACCUUAAUGACCACAGUUCCUGGUGCUGAAGAUGUGGAACUCAUCAAAGAAUCCACUAAGAACUUGUUCCUGUUUGCCUUUUUGUUUCCUUCUACACAGGACUGCAGUGUUUGGUUAUGCCUUUCAUACAGUAUACAGCCCGAAAUAGUCUUAUCAUGCAAGAAGAACUCAUCCAGUGUUUUUCCAGCGAAACGGAAAAUAAACUUUCAUAAGAUCCA